ACGUUCGUGGAAACAUUAUUUGACGGCAGCAGAAGAAGAAGCAGAGCUGAUGGAAAUGGGGGAAAUAAAAACAAAACAAACAGGCAGCUAGCUGUGUCUGCUACCGCUCGGUUGUUGUAGUAGAAGUGAAUGCAGAAGGACAGGAAAUGGAAGCAGCUCUGUGCAACCUGAAAGAUCCCCUUAUUGACCACACUGAGGGCCAGUGUUUCUUGGACGAAGCCAUCAAAAUUAUCGUGGAGGAGGUUCUCUGCAAGGGUACAGAUGUCAAACAGAAGGUGUGUGAAUGGAAAGAGCCCAACGAGCUGGCUCUGCUGCUGGAUCUGGAGCUGAGGGAGAGYGGGGAGCAGCAGGAGAGGCUCCUGCAGAGAGUCAGAGAUGUGGCCAAAUACAGCAUUAAAACAAGUCAUCCACGUUUCUUUAAUCAGCAGUUCGCUGGAGUGGACUAUCAUUCUUUGGCUGGACGUUUCCUCACUGAGGCUCUCAACACAAACCUCUUCACCUAUGAAGUGGCGCCGGUCUUCGUGCUGAUGGAAAUGGAGGUCCUAAGAAGCCUUCGUCARCUGGUGGGCUGGACAGAAGGAGAUGGUAUUUUCUGCCCAGGGGGCUCCACCUCCAACAUGUACGCCAUGAACCUCGCCCGCUACAGACUCCACCCUGAGGUCAAAAGUCAGGGUCUUUGGGCUCUCCCACGCCUGGCCAUCUUCACAUCUCCGGAGAGCCAUUACUCUGUGAAGAAAGGAGCAGCUUUUCUGGGGUUCGGGACAGAUAAUGUCAUCUUGGUGAAAGUGGAUGAAAGAGGCCAUAUGAUUCCAGAGGACCUAGAUGAAAAGAUCGAGCUUUUAAAAUCUCAGGGUGUGAUACCAUGUUUUGUGAGCUGCACAGCAGGCACGACAGUGCGAGGUGCAUUUGACCCAUUGGAUCGUAUAGCCGAUGUUUGUGACAAACACAAGCUAUGGCUGCACGUCGACGCUGCCUGGGGAGGAAGUGUGCUCUUCUCCAAGCAGCACAGACAGUAGCUCCAACAAUCAAGGAGCGUAUGAUGAAACAAGGCACUUUGAUGGUGGGCUAUCAGCCGCUCGGAGACAUGGUCAACUUUUUCCGUGUGACUGUCUUUUCCCCACUUGUUUCAUUCAAAGACAUGGACUUCUUUCUUGACGAAAUUGAGCGACUUGGAAGCGAUUUGUGAUCGUCUUAGUUUUUAAUAUUAGGGAUUUAGCCCAAACUUUACUCUUGUAAACUAGCUGACUCAUUUUUAGGUAUUUACAGAAGUACCACAAAUAACAAAUGUAAUAAUAAUAAAUACUUGAUACAAGUG